AUGAGCAAGGAAGGUCGUUUAACAUCGAGACCUCCAUUUUUUGAUGGAACAAACUAUCAAAGUUGGAAGAACAAAAUGGAAGCUUUUCUGAUGUUACAAGGUGAAGAUGUUUCUAAUGCUGUUGAGUCUGCAUGGUCUCAUCCCAAGAAGACCAUCCAAGAUGAAGAUAAUAUUAUCUCUCUUGUGAAUAAACCAAAAAGAGAAUGGACUCUAAAUGAAAAGGCUGCUGCAAUCGCCAACUCGAAAGCCUUUUUUUCGAUCUUCAACGUUGUUGAUGAAACUCAAGGGAAGUUGAUAUCAAACUGCAAGAUUGAUAAGGAAGCAUGGGACAUUCUUGAAAAUGCAUUCGAAGGAUCAGUACAAGUCCGAGAAUCAAAACUUGAUCAUGUGGAAACAUUUUUCGAAGGACUGAAGAUAAAUGAAGACGAAACAAUCGUUGUUUACUAUAAUCACUUUAUGGAUGUUGUCAAUCAAGCAGAAGCUCUUGGAAUGCACUUUGAAGAGAAGAGACUAGUGAGAAAGAUGCUUAAAAGUCUCACAAAAAAUUUCAGACCUAAGGUGAUUAUGCUCGAUGAACCACAAAAGCUGAAAAACAUGACAUUGGAUGAAUUGUAUGGUACACUGGUGAGUUAUGAAAUGAAUUAUCUUGAAGAUGAAACUCCUAAAAGUGUGGCAUUAAGUGCUGAAGACAUGGAGCUGAUAGAGUCUGAUGAAGAAAUAGCACUCAUAAGUCGUAAACUUUCUCGAAUGAUUAGUGAUAAAAGAGCAGCUAAGCUGAAGUAUGGAAAAUUUCCAAAUAAAAGUGGUUAUCGUGAUGGAAAUGCAUCUAGCUCGCAGCAAAAGUACUCAGAUCAGAAACCAACAAGUUACAACAAGCCAAAAGGAAAAUUCGAAGGUGGCUUCAAGAAAAAAUUCACAGUGUCUACUAAGCCUGAUACAGUUCAAGAACCAACUUGUUAUGGAUGUGUUGGUGUAGGACACAUUAAAUCUGAAUGUCCAGCUGUAAAGAAGAAAGAAAAAAAAGCCUACCAAGCUACUUGGAGUGAUAAUGAUGAGGAAGGCUCUGCUGCAGGUGAAGAAAAUUCAGAGAAUGAUGAACUUGUGGCGUUCAUGGCUGGUGUUGAUGAAUCUAGUAAGGUUGAUGAUGAUAAAUCAAACGCUGAAAAUUCUGAGGAGUCAAAAGAAUUGGAUGCUGAUGAGUUGAUUGAAGCAUAUGAGGGGAUGGUUGCUAAACAAAAGAAAUCCUUGGUGAAAAACAAAGAAUUAUUGAAUACCAUUUAUCGAUUGGAAGACCAAAAAGACAAACUUGAUGAUGAGAUUGAACAACUGAAGAAAGAUAUUAAGGCUAACUCUACUGAAUUAUAUGGUUUAAAGGUUGAAAAUCAGAAGUUGAAGGAAGAAAAUGACAGACUUCAAAAAGGAAAAGAAAAAUUGGAUGAACUUAUUUCGAUUGGAAAACCUUUUGGAGAUCAUAAAGGAAUUGGUUUUUGCAAAACCUCUCAAAGUAAACCAACUACAUUUGUUCGUGGUGGUCUUCUUACUGAUGUUAAAGUUCCAGAAAAGAAAUAUGCUCUAGUGAAGAAACAGAAGUCCAGAAAGAACAGAAGCAGGAAUUGGAACACAGGUCGCAGAACUCAUGAUGUUAAACCAUUGUCAUUACGUCCAGAUGACUGCAAAUAUUGCAGAUUUCCAGGUCAUACAGCUGAAAAAUGUCUCAGAUUGGCGAAGGAUGUGAUGAAUGGCAGAAAUAUUGAGUGGCCUACUGAAGGACUCAGACAUAAUAUCAAAGUCAGAUUGGUGUGGAUGCCGAAGGAAAAUCAAAAGCAAUUGGAGUGCAAUGUUAUCUUGUCAAGCCAAGAAUCAACUAGAUCUGAUCGUUGGUAUUUUGAUAGUGGAUGCUCCCGUCACAUGACAAACCAAAAGAAUCUGUUGAAAAACUUUGUUGAGGAUAGAAGUGGUGAUAUUAUCUUUGGAGAUGGUGCAAAAGGAAAGAUUAGUGGCUAG